AUGCCGUUGCGACGCCUUUCCGUCUUGGCCGUACGCAUACUUCUUUUUCUCUCCUUUGUUAAGAAUAGCGAAGCCGAGGUAGGGGUCGUCUCCCCAGACGGAUUUUAUUUGAGGACGCACAGUACUUUUGGUCCGCAAUCAUGGACCCUUACGGGGGAGGGCUGCCGAGUAGGCAAGGCCGCGAACUUGGUUGUGACCCCGUUGGGGGGUUCCACCGCUGAUGGAGGGGAAGCAUUGGACACUCAGAGGGUUGGGCCAUUGCUGUGCUCGUGGCUUUCAAUGAUGGAGAAGGCUCACAACGAAAUGCGGGCAGCGUGGCAGAAUGAGCACAAGCGCAGAAAGGCUAAGGUGCCAUUCUGGAAUAUAUAUAGGAGGUUCGUGAUGUGGUAUCGAAGCUUUCCGGCGCUCGAAUUCCAUGUUGAAGUUCGUUAUCUUGCCUUGUGGAACAAGGAUAGAUUUGGCCAUCCAAUGCCAUGGGCCACCGCAGUAUUUGGGUACAAAUGCCCAAAAGGCGACGUAGGCUAUGGGCUGUUUGACCAUCUUUGCGGCUCAGUAUUCUCUCACGGGAGAGACCCCCGCGUGGGCUCGGAGGUGCACCUUCUUCUCCAGCCGCGUCUUGGCUUCAAUCGGCCACUAGAGGUUCAGGCAAGCAAUUGGCAAUAUAUUUCAGGCGCCCUUGCAGGCCUCCGUGGUGGGAGAACAAAAGAUCAACAGGAUCGCGACGAGAGGUUUAUUUGGCCUGUCUCUGUUUACACCAGAACGAAGUCCAUCAUGACAAUAUCUGGGAAGAUCGACGAUUGCUGGAUGAAUGAUGGCUACUGCUACUUCAAGUGGUUGCUACGCGUGGAAUGGAGUAUUUUCGGGGAAACGGUCUGUGAGCGACUGCAGCGGGAUGCCAAUGCCGGCGUCGGUGGAGCAUUUAAGGCGGCAGCCUUGGAAACCGUACAAGUGAACGUAACAGGAAUGGAUCUCUUUAAUUUCACCAGGCCAGUGCUUUUUGGAGCCUUAGAGGAGGGAUUGCUUCUGCCUGAUUCAGGGAGCGGUUUCGUGUCAAUGGCGAUUGACACUAACCCGCACAACCUUGCAAAUUUCAAAAGAGCGAAAUCUACGUCGCGUAACGUACGAGCGGCAGGGCUUGUGCUUAAAGGCAUGAGCGAGCUUUUCAACAUGGGAACGAAAGAUACCUGA